UUGGCUCUUUGACCAGUAACUUUGCUUUCUCAUCUUGUCCAAUCGCUUUCAACUAUCGCAAGUGUUUACUAAUAAAAGUGCUCAGCUCAUAUGUAUUCGGUCUUGCAGGCGUUCUGGUUUAAUCCAAUUAGGCCAAGAAGCCCUCCAAGUUAAAUGUAAGGUUUUCUGGUGUUUAUGAUAGACAGUAUGCUGCAGUAAAAGACUGUGAAUAACACAUACAAUCAAGUGUGUAAAACAACGAGCGGUAUAUUUAUUAGUGAAUUGCUUUUUUAUGUGGGUUAGCGAAAAACGUACAUUGAGUGAGGGCAAUUACAGUUAAUUCUGUUUUAAUUGAAGUAAUCAACGUCCGUUGUUUUGAUAACGUGAGAAAGAAUAAUCUCUAACUUUAUAAAUAGCUGUAUAUUAAUCUAUGUGGCUCAUGUUUCGAAACUAAAUUGGUUCGAUUUAUCACUCUAUUAUGCAGGAUAACUAUGUUUGCUGCCAGCUUGCGGUAACAAAGGUGACUGUGUUUUACAGUGCUUUAGUAGAUCUAACUCGCAGUCGGUCUGUUCAUGCUGUGGAACACGACCCUUGUUGCCCUGACCCCCAUAAACUCCCAGGGACGGAAUGUAAGGCCGUUCAUUACGGAAUCUGUUCGCCUUUGCUGAAGCUGCCAUCUUUUUCUUCUCCUCCUGUCGGUUCGCUAUCACCGUCGUCACCUACAACCUCAAAGGAUAGUCAGUCAAGUUCUUUAACGUCCACUCCGACACAGUAUUUUAAACGAUCGCCUCUAUCUGCUACCAGGCUGGAUCUAGAAUCUAUAGACCCAGUAGAACUGCUUGCUAGUGACUUGGGCGGAAAACUCGAGGCACUAGUCAGCAGUUUUGUAGCUCAAGACAAAGUAAAACUUGCUGCACGAAGAAAGACAGAAAUUCCGGGAAAUCCUUCUUCUAAUGUAGUUAAGGCUUCUACUCUGAAAAACAUCUCUCCAAAACUUCAGCCCCCUGGGUUUGCUACUUAUCCAGGAAGAGGAGAUAGAAAAAGUAAAGACGAACAUGAUGAUGUUUCAGCAUCUACAGGAACUUUAGAUAACAAAAAUGGAAGACAAAAUACACCCAAGACAAGCCGCUCUAGUCACAUGUCUUCCUCUCAGCUGACACAUCCUGGAAACGAAACGAAAGGUAUUCUGGGUAAAAUUCCACAGGCAUCUGUGUAUCAGUGUAAAGGAAGUUCUGAAACAGUCUUGGAAAAAGUGAUUAAAAAACCGUCAACUCCAGAAUGGAGCAUUGCCAGACAUACUAUAACAGAAAAAAUCGCACAAGCAGGAAAAGCAGAGGAUAAAGAAAAGCUUUCAACUUCACCCAAAGCUUCUCCAGAAUAUCAGCAAACAGGCGUAAAGGCUCAAAUAAACAGAUUUACUGCAAAAGAGAACACUCGGCUUACCAGCUCAGAGAGGUUAGAGCAACAGAAAGCCGCUUUUGGAGAUAAAAAAAGUAAUAAUAUUUGUCAACCACCAGGUGGCUGUCAGAAGGUCACUACAGUUUCAUUUGAACAGGACCAUGGGUUAACUUUAGAGAAAAGGUAUCCUGAUCUGUCUCCAUCCCAAAGUCAGAAACAGAAUCAUCACUUUAAAUGUAUGGAAGGUGAUGCACUCAAAAUAAUCGGUUCGUCUGAUCCUGGACCUAGUCAUUGGGCAUCUAAAGAAGACAGUUUUCUCAAGUCAUCAGAGGACGAUAUCUAUGCGAUACCAAAACUGAGACAUGAAACAAGAGCCAAAUCUCAAAAAGAGAGUCGUCCGUGCAGUUAUCCAAGUUCAUUUCAGUUGAAUGAUGUAGGAGCACUUCAUCAGCGAAGUGCUAGUCAAGAUUUAUCAUCGUCGCGUGCAAAUUUAAGAGAAGGAAAUGUGCCUAAAGUGGAUAUAGAUUUGAUUGCUGAGUCGCCAUCAGAAUCAUUUUCCAGUAAAGGUGAACCUGAAGUAAGACAGAAUCGAGAUUAUGUUCUUUCACCUGUGGUUUACGCCAAAAACCGUUUCCAUAGUGCGAGUCAUGAGCAGAAGAAAGAGGAAACCUUCAAACCUCGACCAAAAAAUGGUCAAUUAGUUAGCGAAGCGAAAUGCAGGUGGGAGAACGGUGUUCAGCCUUCUCACUUGCAAACUAUGUGGUCAGGAAUGAACCCGUACAUGGAGCAAAUUGACUUGAACAAUGAAAAUGGAGUGGAUGAACAUGUUUAUGAAGCUUUACAAAAAUAUGCAGUUCGAAAAACAUAUUGUGACCGAGUCACAGAAAGCUCAACACCAGCUAUCCCACACCCAAAAUUAACAAUGGCACAGAAACAGCAUAUAAGAGAACGCUCUCUCUCUCCAACUGACAGAUAUCACUCUCAUGUACCUAUUAAGCCAUUUUUAACUAAAGGAUCAGUAGCUGAACGAGUUCUUUUGUUUGAAAAAUGUCCUGAUCGAGCAUUAGAGAGAGCUGUGGCUAUAACAAAAGCAAAAUCAAAUGUUCUGUACAAUACCUGGAAAAGCAUGAAUAAUGAAGUCCAUAAUAAAACCCAG